GUUAAAAGACACAUGUUCUAUAUAUCAUGCCUCUUUGCUAUUCUUUCGUUGAAAAUGAAAAUUGAUAGAAUGCCGUGAUAAGUAGUCACUGUUGCUAGCUUUACUUCAAAAUUUGAAUUCGAAUAUGUCCUACAGCAUCAUUCUCAGUCGUUUGAGUAGGUUCCCACUAUUCUCUUACUCAAGAGGAUAUAGUGUCAUUACCAGCCAAAAUGUGAAAAAUAUCCCUGUGAGUUUCAGAUAUUAUUCAUCUGGUGGAAGGAGGCCUAAUUUUUUCUCCCAAUUUAUAGAAAAUGUUAGGCAAGACUUGGCAAAAAGUAAAGAGAUGAAAGAAAGUUUGAAAAAGUUUAGGGAAGAAGCGCAGAAAUUAGAACAAUCCGAAGCUUUACAGAAAGCAAGAGCCAAGUUUCAAACUGUUGAAUCAGAAGCAUCGAAAGGUGGUGAAGUUUUCAAGGAGAAAUUGGACCACAUUAAAGAUAAAGUCAGUGAUGUGCUGGAGGAAGCAGCAAAAUCAGAAAUCGGGAAAAAAGCAGGUCAGCUGGGAGCAGAAAUUGGAAAGACUGCGAGGGGAGCUGCUGAAACAUUAUCAGAAACAGGACAGCAGAUCGGAAAAAGUGGAGCUUUUCAAACUAUCAGCCAAACAGCUGCAGCUGUAAAACAAGAAUUAGAUCAAUCCGGAAUCCAUGCUCAUGUUUAUCAGCCGCCACGAAAACUAAGAAAAAGAUUGGAAAUAGUACCAGAUAAUAAAGCUUUAAAACCUGACACAGAAACAUUAGGUAUUGAUCUCCAUAAGGACUCAAAAUUUUUCCAAAGUUGGCAACAAUUCAAAGACAAUAAUGCUUAUAUUAACAAAGUUCUCGAUUGGAAAAUGAAGUAUGACGAGAGUGAUAAUCCCGUCAUCCGAGCAUCUCGAGUAUUCACAGACAAAGUUUCAAGUGUUAUGGGUGGCCUUUUUCAGAAAACCGAACUUUCUGAAACGCUGACGGAGAUAUGUCGAAUAGAUCCGAAUUUUGACCGAGCUCACUUUUUGAAAGAUUGUGAGAAAGAUAUCAUCCCGAAUAUUCUUGAAGCUAUGGUCCGUGGAGAUUUAGACAUAUUGCAAGACUGGUGCCAUGAAGGUCCAUAUAAUGUUCUUGCUGCUCCAAUUAAACAUGCGAAAGAAGCCCAUUUUAAGUUUUGUUCUAAAAUUUUAGAUAUUGAUAACGUCGAUUUAGUAAUGGGUAAAGUUAUGGACCAAGGACCUGUGUUAGUUAUUAGUUUCCAAUCCCAACAAUUACUGUGUAUCAAAGAUAAAAAUGGUAAUAUAGUUGAAGGUGAUCCGAACAAAGUAUUAAGAGUUAAUUACGUUUGGGUUCUUUGUAGAGACCCCUCUGAAUUGGACCCAAAGGCAGCGUGGCGUCUUUUAGAUAUGUCAGCACAAAGCAAUGAACAGUUGUUAUGAUGUGGCACUUGUAAUAGUAGAAUAUUCAUUUGAAUCUUCUAGAAAAUCUGUUAAUUAAAAUGAAUGAAGUUAGCAAUAUUUGUAUAUAAUAUUUAUAUAUAACUUACUGUACAUAUAUUUAUCAUUCAUUUUUUUUAAAUAUCUGUUUUAUUUAAUUUUGUAACUUAAAUCGAAUUUAAUAAGUUACCAAAUGCUGUUGACUUUUGAUUAAAUUUUUUUUGCAGAA